AUGGCUCGUACUUCCAUCCGCAACAACACCAACAUUUCGUUCAACUUCUACCAAUCAGGCCCGGGUCCAAAAAGGGUCCGCAGACGCUCCUCCCGAUACUAUCCCCGGAGGUUUGAGCAGCGAACAGCGGAUCUGGAAGACAGUAUUAAUUAUCGCGAACAAGAUUGGCCUUUCAGUUUCCCACGAAACAAGAAUCCUCACGGUCCGCGUCAAAAACCUAAAAAGGUCUCACCGACUCGGAGCAGUACAGAGCUCAAGGACGACGUGUUUGGUACUUUUGCGAUGAUGGAGGAAAGACUGAACCAUCAUCGCUCGAAUUUCAUGGCCACACAAGAUCGUUGUGCCCUCAUGUUGGCGCAGAUUUUUGAGGAAGCUAUUCCGAUCCUGCAAUCCCAAAUCGAUGAAGCCGCUUCCUUAUUGGCUAUACAAGACGUGGAUAUGGCUGAUGCGCCGCCAGUUCUUGACGUGGAUGACGACGGAGACUGGUGUAUGGUUUUGUGA